AUGACACAGGCUGAAGUUGAUGAUUCAUUAAAACGAAUACAAGAACAUAAAGGUGUUCAAGGUUAUUUAAUUAUAAAUAAUGAUGGUAUUCCAAUUCGUUCAAGUCUUGACACAUCAUUAACUCAACAAUAUUCAGCAUUAAUAAAAUCUUUAUCUGAUAAAGCUCGUUCAACAAUUCGUGAUAUUGAUCCAACAAAUGAACUUAUGUUUUUUCGUAUGCGAACUAAAAAACAUGAAAUACUAGUUGCACCUGAUGAUGAAAUGUCAUUUAUAAUUAAACAACCAUUAUAUAAUCGAUUUUCACUUGAUCGACAAUAUCCAAUGUCUUCAUCAUCGUAUCAUGGUCCACCUUCUUUUAACUAUCGACCCAUAGUAUCUCCAUCAAAAGAUUUUACACAUGAGUCUCCUAGUGCCAAGCAAAAAUUAUAUGUAACUUUUAGUAAACCAAAACAUCCAAUAUUUGACCAGUAA